CGGGUACCCGGGCGGGAUCCGCGAGCGGGUUUCAGAGCUGAGGGGAGAGACUGCACUACUUCUGUGCCCCAGGGGCUGUUAAAGGCGGCGAGGAGGAGCGGACAGUUAAACUUGUCGGGUAGGAACCUCAGUGAAGGGGAAAAAAAUGCUUCCAGUGCCUCAGUGUGUUUGGAGAAUAAACGUGGAUAUCCCUGAAGAAGCUAAUCAGAAUCUUUCCUUCAGUUCUGCUGAACGAUGGUGGGAACAGACAGAUUUGACCAAACUAAUCAUAUCAAACAAUAAACUUCAGUCACUGACAGAUGACCUUAGACUCUUACCUGCACUGACUGUUCUUGAUAUACAUGAUAAUCAGCUAACAUCACUUCCUUCUGCUCUAAGAGAACUUGAAAAUCUUCAGAAGCUUAAUGUCAGCCAUAACAAACUGAAAAUGCUCCCUGAAGAAAUUACAAAUCUAAAAAACCUGAAAGGCCUGUACCUCCAGCAUAAUGAACUAACUUACAUACCAGAGGGAUUUGAACAACUUUCCAAUUUAGAAGAUUUAGAUCUUUCAAGCAAUCGUCUUUCAACUGUUCCUGUUAGUUUUUCUUCUCUGUCUAGUCUGAUACGACUCAAUCUUUCCAGUAACCAACUGAAGAGUUUGCCAGCGGAAAUAAGCAAAAUGAAAAGAUUAAAGCAUUUGGAUUGUAAUUCAAAUCUCUUGGAAACUAUACCUCCUGAAUUGGCUGGCAUGGAAUCGCUAGAAUUGCUUUAUUUACGGAGGAAUAAAUUGCGUUUUCUACCAGAAUUUCCUUCAUGUAGACUAUUGAAGGAAUUGCAUGUAGGUGAAAACCAAAUUGAAAUGUUAGGAGCAGAACAUCUUAAGCAUCUGAAUUCCAUCCUCGUGCUAGACCUGAGGGAUAACAAGUUAAAAUCUGUUCCAGAUGAAAUUACACUACUACAGUCUUUGGAAAGGCUUGACUUAAGCAACAAUGACAUUAGUAGCCUGCCCUGUUCAUUGGGAAACCUACAUUUGAAAUUCCUGGCACUAGAAGGAAAUCCUUUGAGAACCAUUCGGAGAGAAAUUAUAAAUAAAGGAACUCAAGAAGUUCUAAAAUAUCUACGGAGUAAGAUCAAAGAUGAUGGACCUAGUCAAGACUCUGUUACUGAGACUGCCAUGACACUGCCAAGUGAAUCCAGAGUUAAUAUGCAUGCUAUCGUCGCAUUAAAAAUAUUAGACUAUAGUGAUAAGCAAGCGCCUUUCAUUCCUGAUGAAGUGUUUGAUGCAGUAAAAAACAACAUCAUCACUUCUGUUAACUUCAGUAAGAAUCAACUAUGUGAAAUUCCAAAAAGGAUUAUAGAACUGAAGGAAAUGGUUUCUGAUGUCAAUCUCAGUUUUAAUAAGUUUUCCUUUAUAUCCUUGGAGUUAUGUAUGCUUCAGAAAUUGACAUUUUUAGAUCUAAGGAACAAUUUUUUAACUUCUUUGCCUGAAGAAAUGAAAUUGUUGAUAAGACUACAAACGAUCAAUCUUUCCUUUAAUAGAUUCAAAAUGCUACCUGAAGUUCUCUAUCAUAUCUCAACGCUUGAAACAAUUCUGAUUAGUAACAAUCAGGUUGGAUCUUUGGAUGCUCUGAAAAUGAAGAUGAUGGAAAAUCUUAGCACAUUGGACCUUCAGAAUAAUGACCUUCUACAAAUUCCACCAGAGCUUGGUAAUUGUGUGAACUUAAGAACUUUACUACUAGAUGGAAAUCCAUUCCGUGUUCCUCGAGCCACUAUAUUAAUGAAAGGAACAGCUGCUAUAUUGGAGUAUUUGAGGGACCGGAUUCCUACUUAAAUGAUCCCAGUCAUCAUGUUAAAUCUUAGAAGAAUAUUACAUUUUGUUUUAGUAUCAUCCUAAAGGUGAUUGCUAUAACUGAUCUUCUAGUUUCUCAGUUACCACCUAGCCAUUGGUAUAAUUGGCCUGGGCUAUUAUCACUGCCAAUAAAUAUUUUCCAUUGAUAACUAUUCAACAUUUUUUCUAAAGUGUUGUAUACAUUUAUAACGAUAUUAACCACAUACACUUAUGGAGUGUUCAUACAUUUUGUCUGAAUGUUUUCCACAGGAUUUAUCCUACAUUUAUCCCACAUUCAUUCCCGUAAAAUUUGUAAGCACUUUCUUUGAAAGUGAAUUUUUAUGUAAGAUGAUUUAAUAUUUUUAUAAUAACAAAGCAUUUUUGUAGAAUUGGGUUUCUUUUUUCCUCAUUUCUUUUUGUAAUCCAUACAAUAUAACCAGUUGACUUGAAUAUGAGUAUUUAAUUUCUACUUUUUUAUUAGAUGUAAAACCAAAAUGAAAUUUAUUUAAUACUUUUUUGUGAGUUAAAAAAAAGACUUCAUUAUCUUUUCCUCCUAUUUUAUGAAAUCAUUUUAUCAGAUUUGUUAAUUUCUCAAAAAUAACACUCAAGAUAUGAUUAUUGGAGAAAAUAAUGAAAGUGUAUUAUAACUACUUUCACAAUUUUGACUUUAAAAUUUGGCAUUUUUAAAAGUGAUGCCUUAGUAUUGUUUUCGUAUGAUAAUCUAGUACUUUUAGAUUUAGGAGAAUUAAAGAUUGGAUCUGUAUAUUUUCCCCCUGGGGAGUGUAAGCAUUUAAUCACCUUUUGUCCCUUAAGGGGGUAAAAAAAUGAAGAUUUUAUUAAUUCUAUUGGUAGCAGCAACAGAAAACAACAUAUACCAUAUAGAAAUCUUAAAGCUAAUGUGGUAUAGUAACACAUGCCUGUAAUCUCAGCUAUGCAGGAGUCUGAGACAAGAGGAUCACCAGUUCAAGGCCAGCCUCAGCAACGUAGUGAGACCCUGUCUCCAAAAUGUAAUAAAGGGCGCUGAGGAUGUAGCUCAGUGCUUGUCUAGCAUGUGUGAGGUCCUGGGAUCAAGCCACAGUACCAGACAUACACAAAAAGAAAGAAGGGCAGGAGGGAAGAAAAAAGGAAUGAACUUUGUUUUAAACACUUAUUUAGCAGGUAUUUGAAUACUUAAUAUACUUGGGUAUGUUUUAAUCUGACUUGUGCAUCUUUUUAUUUUCAGCACUUUAAUUUUAAAAUUUACUUUGUCUUGAUAAGAUUAAAUUUACAGUCACAGUCAUUUUCUAAAAGGGAAUUUGAUAUAGAUAAACUCAAUUUAAUAAAAAAUUAAAAAUAAACAUUUUUGUUUACACCAAAAUUAUCAGAAUUAAGUUGAUCAGUCAUUGUGACACCAUAUAAUUCUAUUAAGUAUCCAAUUCAAUAGCAUGUUUAUCUAUAGAUAUGUAGAUAGGUAACUUUUAGAUGAUUGAGGCAUGCUUACAUAAUGAAAAAUCAUUGCUAAUAAAGAUAAAUACAUGUUCAUAAUAAAAAUUACAUUUUUCAAAUAUU